CCUUCCCCGCCAUUCUUCGGUGCUCUCGUCCGCACAAUUAGUUACUGUGAACGACGGGGACAUUUGCUUCUUGAAUCUAUUGGGAGUUGAUGUUCCCAUGUGGUGUAUGUGAAUGUUUGCUGGGGACAUUCCUACUCUGAUUUGUUCCGGGCAACACAUGAUUCAACGUCACGGUUACAAUCACAAUCAGAAUCACAAUCACAAUCGAUAGCGACUACAAGAUCUCCGGAGGGACUCGUUUUCAGUUCCUCAUUGCAUCUCCCUUAUAAAGCUCAGCUCUCUGGGGACGUGAAUGCAACAAUCAGUAAAGAAGAUGUUCAAGAGGCCCUCCUGCCUGCAGGGGCGGCGGCCUGCUGGAGACGAUGACCGCAAGGCUUUUCCCACUCGCCAGCUCUUCGUUUUGGCGUUGGUCCGCAUCUGCGAGCCUAUUGCUUUUAUGUCGAUAUUUCCUUAUGUCUACUACAUGGUCGAAUCUUUUCACGUGACGGCCAAUGAUGGGAAGAUUGCCCUGUACGCAGGGAUGAUUACCUCUUCUUUCACCUUUGCUGAGUUCACAGCUGGAAUGUUCUGGGGCCGAAUGAGCGACAAGAUCGGAAGAAAGCCAGUCCUGAUCAUGGGUCUGAUCGGAACGGCCAUCAGCAUGAUCGUAUUCGGAUUUGCGCCUAAUUUGGCCACUGCCAUGAUUGCCCGUGCAUUGGGCGGAUUACUCAACGGAAACAUCGGAGUUUUGCAGACAACAGUUGCCGAGAUAGUGACGGUGAAGGAGCAUCAACCGCGCGCCUACUCGAUCAUGCCGUUUGUCUGGUGUUUAGGCUCGAUUGUUGGACCUGCCAUGGGCGGUGCUCUGGCGCAGCCCUGCGACAACUAUCCCUGGCUAUUCCAGCGUGGAACGGUCUUUGACCAAUUCCCCUUUCUACUGCCGAAUCUUGUCUGCGUUGCUGUUCUUGGACUGGGAAUCACGAUUGGCAUUCUAUUCCUUGAAGAAACGCACCCGGAGAGGAAACUUCGUCGGGACCACGGUCUUGAGAUCGGUCGUUGGAUUAUCUGCGCCUUCCAGAGACUUUUCACAGAGCGCGUUGAAGAAUCUGCCAAGGGGCUCGGCUUCAAUGAGGAUUUCGAGCAUGACGAUCCUCCACCUGGCUACCGAAGCAAGGAGAACUCCCCGCGUUUGUCUUCAGUCAAGGGACCACAAGUAGUCUCCCAAGGCGACGAUGUCGAGAAACAGUCGGAGAGUAAGGGAUGUGGGGUUCAAAAGGCUUUCACAAAGCAGGUCAUAUUGAACAUCAUUGCCUAUGGUAUACUUGCAUACCAUAGCGUUUCCUUCGACCAGCUUAUGCCGGUCUUCCUCAGCACGCCUAAGUCUAACGACACCGUGACCCUUCCAUUCCAAUUCUCGGGGGGCCUGGCACUCUCGACAAAAAGGAUUGGUUUUAUGCUGGCAGUGCAGGGUGUCUACUCGAUGAUUGCUCAGCUUUGGCUGUUCCCGUUUGUGGUCCGCCAUUUUGGCACACUUCGAACAUUCCGUUUUGUGCUUGCAAUCUGGCCGCCGCUUUACUUUGUCGUACCGUAUCUCAUCUUGCUUCCUUCUCGCCUCCAGAUCCCGGCUGUGUACGCUGCCUUGAUCAGCAAGAUCACUCUUCAUGUGAUUGCUUUCCCUUCCACCGCGAUCCUCCUUGCCAAUGCUGCCCCAUCGCACACCGUCCUCGGGUCUAUCAACGGUGCCGCUGCGUCCACCGCUAGUCUCAGCCGAGCAUUUGGACCAACAAUCACUGGUUUUCUGCAUUCUCGAGGAUCAACGAGCGGCUACUCGGGGCUCGCGUGGUGGGCGUGCGGCAUUGUAUCGAUCAUCGGUGCCAUCCAGAGCUUUUGGAUGGAGGAGACUGAUCCCCGGGGACCCGAACCCAAUGAGAAGGCCCCCGCAAAGGAUAUCUCUGAGGAACAGUCUAGACGUCGUGAUUCGGCAUUCCUUGUCAGCGGCGGAAUUGCAGUUUCCGAAGAAGAGCGGAGACUGCUUUCGCCGGCUCGGUCCAGCAUUGAUGCUGAUCUCGAUGUAGCGGCCCUGAGUCUCACUGCAAACACAGAUCGCAAAGCCUAGGCUAAUGGACUGUGUCCACUGGAUGGGAUGGUCCUAUGGCCCGGCUUCGAGGCCCCUGACCGUCCUUUUCGCCGGACGGGGUCUCACACCGACACGAAACCGCGUGAUUCCCGUCCGACGAUGCAUUUGAAAUACCGCUUUUUUCUCGCAUA